UCUGACUCUGUCCUGAAGUCCACUAACAUCCUCAACUUCACUCAACAGGUGGACUGGAGAUCACCUGAUCAGCGGCUUUAGCUUUAGUUCUGUUCCUCUUAUUGAUCCAUUUUAUAUAAAGAUCUGCUUUAUGUAGAUCCAUCUGUACGAAUGACUGGAAUUUAGAUCUGGGAGAUAAGGCAGUUAUUGGCUAGUUUGCUUAAAUGGGUGAUAAAUUGACAGUUUCAAGUUGCGUUCUUUCUGAAUAGCAUACAAACAAAAAGAAAUGUGACCCACGCAGGGGUAUAAGAACUUUUUUGGCUUUUAUUUUAUUUGUAUUAAUACAGUUCCAGUAUAAAGUUUGGACACUAAAUUCAGUGGUUUGCAUUAUUUAAGUGUUGAACAAAACAGAAUAUUUUUUAUUUUACCUUUUGCUUAGAUGAAAGUUUUUGCACAUUUCUGCAUUUUCUCAGUCAGCUUUGAGGUAGAAUCACCUGGAAUUCAGGCUUUCAUUGUUUUAUUGGGAAAUCAUGAACUUAUGUACAUGCAAUCUGAUCAUUAUAUCAGAAAAAAAUCUUUUUUGAAACCUUUUUUUUUUCUGAAUAGUGUUUUGAUAACAGAUUUUUAUCUGUGGAUGGAGAUUUUCAGUAUUGAAGAGAGGGGGGGGUAAAUGUGAAUUUGGGCCCGAGUCCAGUUUGUGAAUACCCUGAUAACUGAAUAAGUUGAGUCAGGUGUGUUAAAUUAAACUGCAGUAAAAAAAAAAAAAAAACUCAAGUUGUUUGCUGUGGCCAAUGGGUUUUAAAUGUAUUUCUACAAGACAAGUCCAAAUUGGAUGCGAAAGUCAAUAGAAAUAUAUAAAGUUUUCUAGUUUUACUGUGGGCUUGCUGGUUGCUAACUGGGAUUACUGUUUUAUUUAUAGCUUCUAGUGCAUAUCAAAAAAUUAGAAUAUCAUUGAAAAGUUGCGUUUCAGUAAUUCAGUUCAAACUGUGAAACUCUUAUUGUAUAGAUUUAUUUUACAGUGAUCCAUUUUAAGCAUUUUAUUUAUUUUAUUGCUUGAUUUUGGCUUACAGCCAAUGCAAAUACAAAUCAUUAAGUCAAAAGUAAUUUUCUGAGAUAUUGAUAACACAGUGGACCAACACCAGCAGUUGAUAUGUCUCUCCAAACCAUCACUGAUUUUAUAAAGAUGCAGAUUUUAUUUUCCAGCAGGACUUGCACACUGCCAAAAGUACCAUUGUUCUUAUGUAAUAAUCAAAAAAAUCAGUGUCUCAGAUUUAUUUAUUUAUUUGUUUUUUAUUUUUUUUGUGCACAUGUAUGUGCUAGGGCUGGAAGUUUAAUGGAAAAUUUCAAAAUGGGAUAUUUCCAUUUAGAAGCUGCAGAGUGAAUCUGUGUAGAUGAGCUACAUUUGCUUGUGUCAAACUUAUAAAAUCACUACCACAUAGUUCUUUACAACUUAGACUCUUCCUUAUAUUUAACUGAAAUGAGGAUGCAAAAUUUGAUUGGUUUAAAAGGAAGAAGGAAGCUAUUGCUUACAUAUCAAAAAGUUAUGUAAUGAAGUACAUAAUGUAUAAUUGCUCAUAUUUGAAGAUUUUUUUUUGUUUUAAACAAUAUUGACCAGCCCCCUUUUUCAUAACCUCAUCCCUAAACUUUAGUCACAAACUCCUUUGUGUUUGAAUGACCAAACAAAAAUGGCAUCAAGUGCCGCAGGUGUUGAAUGCCGCGAGGCGUUGGUCAAUGGUGCCUCAAGUUUUAACAGUAUCGUAUUUCACCCAUUGAGUCAUUUUAUUCAUUGGCUCUAAUGUCAAGAGCUUUUGUAUUGGAGGUGCUGAACAAAUGGUCCUGAUCAAAACCGUGUGAUUUUUUGGGCAUUGGGCUAAAACCUGCUCUCCCUCUGGACUGAAAGCUGAUUCUUUGGAAAGUUUCCGAGGCGUUAUUCGUUUAGUUGAACUCAAUCUAGGUCUGGGAAUUGGUCGGACACACCCUCUCUGAGUUUCAUCCAGGUGCUGCUUUAUAUAAACCUCAGAACAGGCUCAGAAUUUUCCACAGUUGGUUUGUACAGAGCUGUUUGUUGGUGUUGAGAGGUUGUCGCCAUGCGCUCUCCGUGUAUCGUGAUCUUCGGGUUGAUCUUGUCUCCUUGCGGUUGGGUUUUGGACCUGACCAGCAUGAUGGUUCCGCACUGGCGCACCGUCCACAACAUCACCGGAGAAGAUCCUGGUAUGGUCUUGUAUCAGGGAAUAUGGCACACCUGCAGUUACUACGGCACGCUGUCGAGUAUCUCUUGCGACAGCGACGACGAAGACUACUUCGAUCACAGAAUCAUCGAAACGGCCAAGCGAAUGAUGGUGGCGUCUCUGAUCAUGACCGCGAUCGGGCUGGCCGUGGCGACGUUCGGCGUCCGGUGCUGGAGCCCUCGCCCCAGGUGGACGGGCGUGUGUCUCGGCGGGUUCGUAAUCGUUUGUUCGGGGCUUCUCGCCAUCAUGCCCGUCGCGUGGUACGCUCACGUCCUCAACGACAUCAGCUCGCCCUCCACCGAGAUGCACCUGGGAGUUUGCAUUUUUCUGGGUUAUCUCGGGGGAAUCAUGGAAGUUCUUGGUGGAUUCGUCCUGUUUGUCGCAAUCUGGCUCUACGGUCACAAAGGUCUCGAACCCGAUCCUUCAACGCUAGAGGAAACCCAAUGGCGCCCUUGGCGGAUCAGUGCCUGAUAUUGGUGGAAGCAUCAGGGACAUGAUCAACAGCCAUGUCAAAGUGUAGCCUUGAAGUUUAAGGAUUGAGCGUUUGCUUAUUCUUUUUAAUGUAAAAAAUUCAUGUGUUUAUUGGAGUGCAAACAAUUUUUAACAAAUAAAUUAGAUGUUUGAGGAUUGACUUGUUCUGGAGGCUCUUAAAAGGGGUUUCAAUCGUAUUAAAGCUGGAAGAUUACAAACUACAUUAAGUGUACAUUGGGAUUUUCUUUUUGGGGACAGAUGUAAACAUUUUGCUGCUUUUUGUUGUUGGUCAUUUAUUAGAAAAUUGCUCUAGUCAAACUUUUUGACUAAAAAUAGGAAGUGAAUGAUGGUUUUAAAAACCCUCUGAGCAUCUCAUUGACUUUUCAUGAAUAUGGGAACGUUGUCCACACAUUCAUGCUGCUUAUAAAUCCAAGGAGUUACAAGUUCAUGAGGAUUGAGAAUGAGUUAAUGUCCUAAAAUGGGUUUCCACUGUCAUUAAAACUGGAUUAUUAGAAACUUCUUGUGUUUUGGUAUUGAAGUGCUUGCAUUGCAGGCUGUACGUUUAUUGUAGCGCAAACAGUUUAAAAGAGAAAAUUUAAGAAGUUUGUGGGAUUGAUUAAUUCUAGAUACUCAAAGUGGUUUCCACUUUUAAUAAAACUGGAGUUUUAGAAUCCUCAUUAGAGGGACUUUGGGAUUAUGAACUAAUUUGUUCUUGCCAGUCAUUUGAUUGUUUGGUUACCAGUGUAUGGAAGUUUUUGAAACGUUUUGAAUACCCCUUUCAGUUUCCUCCAAGCGUCUUGUUUAUGGGUUUGUUUCAUUAAUAAGGGAAUAUUUUAAGCAAAUUUAUAACUAGAUGUGUCCAUACUAAACCCUCAUGCUACUUAUAAUUUGUAGGGGUUCCUGUUUUCCGGAUUGUUUGGGGUAUAAAAAUUACACAGGUACUGAGCAUUGACUCAUUCUAAUGCUCCUAAUGGUUACAAGGAAGAAAAUUUGAGUUAAUUCAUAAAGUUACUGAGGAUUGACUCAUUCUUGAUGUGCUAAAAUGUUUUUUCACUGUUUAAGAUGGAAUAUUAGAACCUAGAAAGGUUUUUUUUUUUUUUUUUUUUUUUUUUUUUUUUUUUUUUUUGAUACUUUGUUCUUUUAGCCAUUGUUGAAGUCCAAACAAAAGGUUCACCUAGCCAAAGUUUGUUACGUAUUUUGAGUAAAAAUCGGAAAGUGGUUUGAAAUGUUUUGUAUGUAUGUUCAUACAUACAAAUCCUCGUGCUGCCUUUGGAUACUUGGUUACAAUUUUUUGGGGGUAUUUAAAAAAGGGAGAAACUGAGGAUUUACACGCUCAAAACCCUAAAAUGCUAAAUGUUUUAGGUGGAAAUCGAGGAACAUUUGUUAGUGUAAGGGAACUUUUUAAACCUAGUACACCUUUAUUUCCAAACAUCUCCCAUUUUACUGUUUUUAUUGUUUUAACAAUAUGGGAACCUUGUGGGCCAGUGCUGAUAAAGUUUUUAGGGACUUUUAGGGAAUUGUAAAUAUGGCACAGGCUGUUGGGUAUACAGUCCUCCCAGUUUUUCCUGCUAUGGUGCUUCCUUUGAUUACUUUCUGAACUUAAUAGGGGGGAAACUCCUUUUUAGGACCAGUUUUGUGACCAAUUUAGUUUAAGACUGGUGAGUUGGAGUUGGAAAAUUUAGCCAUUUUUAUCAAAUUAUGAAACAGUCUACUUGUAUUGAUAUUGAGGAUAUCACUUUUUAUUGAAAUACUGUUGGACAGUUCAUUUGAGUUUAAAUUAGAGUUUU